AUGGCGUCCAAUUCGAACAUAGACAUCGAGGGAGCGACCCAGCACCUCCGAGACAUCUUGAAACUCGACCGCUCGGGUAGCAGCGCCGAUGUACAGUCAAGUGAUGAUCAGAGGAAACUACCGUUCAACGGAGAGCUGAACGGCUUACUGGGAGCAGGACUGCUGGGAAGCAGCAUGUCUGACUCUACCAGACCCAUCUCCACAGACGGCAGCGUCCAGGAGACUCAGAGGAUCUGCCUAACCGGUGACGAUGGGAGCACCUGUAUCCCCAUCACCUCCAACAACGUGGAGAUCGUGGCGAGCCAGGACUCUGGUAUCAACAGCAAGGCUCGCGGCAGCAACAAGGUUAAAAUUCAGACUCUCGCCAAAUAUGACUGGGAGCAAAAGUAUUAUUAUGGCAGACUCAUAGCGGUCUCCAACUCCUUCCUUGCAUACGCCAUCAGAGCCAACAACCACGCGAUGGUUCGGGUCCUGAGUUUGAACAUUAGUGAACGCUCCUUACUGAAGGGAUUCACCGGGGCCGUCACAGACCUGGCUUUCGCCCACCUUGACUCCUCUCUUUUGGGUUGUGUGGACGAGGUGGGGAACCUGAUGGUCUGGCAGCUUACGCUCACUGAAAGCAAAAUACUAGAUCAGAUAAUGGUUCAUAUUCAACGGCCAGAAGACACUCCACUGAACUCCCACAGGCGCCUCAUCUGGUGCCCGUUCAUCUUGGAUGACAGUGAGGAGAACCAGGACGACAUCAGCCAGAUUUUGGCUCUUCUACAUGAAGACAGGGCUGAAGUUUGGGACCUUGAAGUAUUGAGAGCUAAUAACAGCAGUUGGCCUGUCGAUGCGGCAGAACUGAGAGACGGCCUAAUCACAGUGAAAGGACAUAACCAGCGACUCAGUGAAGGCGCCCUGUCCCCUGAUGGAACCGUGUUAGCCACAGCUAGCCAUGACGGAUACAUCAAGUUCUGGCAGAUUUACAUAGAAGGUGGACAAGACCAGCCAAGGUGUCUUCAUGAAUUACGGCCUCAUGGAGGACGUCCACUCUCCUGUCUUCUCUUCUGUGAUAACCACAAGCGGCAGGAUCCAGAGGUUCCUUUCUGGAGGUUUUUGAUAACUGGAGCCGACCAGAACCAGGAGUUAAAGAUGUGGUGCACCGUCUCCUGGACCUGCCUGCAGACCAUUAGGUUUUCUCCAGAUCCAUUUAACUCGACGGUUUUGCCAAGUCUCAAGGCCAGUUUAGAUCUUUCUGCUGAAUACUUGAUCCUCACUGAUGUGCAAAGAAAGGUCCUUUAUGUGAUGCAGCUGAGGCAGGACCUGGAGAAGGGUAAAGCCAAUUUCACUGCUGUGUCGGAGUUCCUGCUCACUCACCCUGUGCUUAGCUUCGGGGUACGAGACGUCACCCAGAGCCGACUGAGACACACUGAGGUCCUGACAGCCGAGGAGGAGAGCGAGAGUAUUUCAACAGAGGGCACUCAAGGUCCAGCCGAGUCUAAAUCUGGGAUCCAAAUUAAACUCUACUGCGUCCACCCAAAGAGUUUGCAGGACGUCCAGAUCUGGUUUCAGCCCAAUGCAGCUCUCAAUACAUCAGGCUUUCUUCCUCAUUCUGACUCACAAGAGGGUUUUGCAGGGUUUUCAGACCAUCUCACAGACCAGAGCUCCGAUAAGGACUCUGGAAGUGGCUCACAGACCGACCUUAGAAAGAUCCCCUCCCUCCCUGCUCCUUCUGACUUCCUGUCCAACUCGGGGCCCAGCAGUGGGCCGAUGCCCAAGCUGAUGACUCCUGAUGCCUUCAUGACACCAAGCACUUCGGUACCUGCAUCUCCUGGUAGUAGCGCCAGCAGCCUGACUAUUGUUACAGCCACCAGCAGUAACUCUGACUCAAACAGAGCUAUAGAGGAUGUUACUCAGAGUCCAAGCAGAGGAGACAACAACAACAGCAACAGUAGUUUGGGGCUCUCUGUCUCCACCAGCAGCCCAAGAGCUGCUUCUGCAGUGCUGCUGCCUGGACUAGAGGGCCUGCAGGCUCUGGCUUCCCCCAGUUGCCCCCUGGCUCUCGAGUCCCCUCAUGUCCCAGAUUCUCCCCUGCUGCCUCCCUUAGCCUCCCCCACCAGGGCCCGCUCUCCAGACGUCAUCUCUUCCGCUUCAACGGUGAUGUCCCAGGACAUGCCAGAGAUCGCGACACAGACCCUGCAGCACCAGCGUGGUCAUGGCUUAGAGGCCUUACCUCUUCCUGCUCUCCAGACGGACAGCAUGGCUUCUGCUGCUUGUGCUCUGCACCUCCUGACGUCUCCACGUUCUGCUAACAACGGUUUGUUGCCCCUUGAACUCGGAGGCAGCGAAGUGUCGCCCAUCGGGCCAAUAGAGUCAGAGUCCAGAAUGGGUAAUAAACCGUCUCUUCUGGAGAACACGCUGUCGCAGGAGAACUCCGGGGGCAGCGGGGGGUCAUUAGACGGCAGUGUUAGCCAUACGGCUUGGCCGGCAGCCCCAGACAUCACCAGGGAAACCAGAAACAGCCUCAGGGACAACGGGUUGGGAGACUGUUCGAGAGAGGAGUCCAGCGAGCGCCGUUUGAGUUCUCCCUACCACCCUCGCUCCCACCACCUCACACAGAACGACAGUCAGGACGUUGGAGCCGACCAGAGCGAUCCUGAUGAUGAGAUUUCUAGUCUGGCUUCAUCCUCUGGGAACUGCGGCUCUCGCUCCUCCCACAGGAUACCAGUCAAAGACUGGAAGACCUCCCCAAGAAGCUCGCCCAAACGAAAGAGGAGAAUGAAGAAAGAUGACAGUGAAUCUUCUCAGCCCAGGCACAUGGAUGCUGGUCAGUUUAAUGCAGAAGCUCAGGAUGAGCUGUUGAUGCUGCUGCGCACCCAGCAGAGAGACUUAACUGAACUGUGGUCACUGGUGGAGACCAUGCCGGGUACAAUUAUUGCUCAGGUGGAGCGCGUCCUGAUGAAGCACCAGGAGCAGGAACAGCGCAGAUUGGAUCGAGUUCUGGCAGAGAGUCAGAACCACCAGCAGCAGCUUCAGGAGCAGUUCACACAGCAGCUGAGCAACACCCUCAGCUCAGCGCUAACAAACAGAAUGGACAAAGUGCUUCGAGAGGAGCUGAAGAAAACUGUCCCACAGACAAUUUCUAAGAGUAUGGAACCUGUGACGGGGCAGCUGAACAAUACGAUUGUAGCUAAACUGACUGCAGUGGAGGUUACCCUGAAAGACAAUGUCAUCAAGGUGGUCAAAUCCAAGAACACUACAGACGCCAUCGGUCGAGCUGUGUCCGAGGCCAUGCAGGGCCCCAUCCAGGCUGCCUAUAAAGACGCCUUCCAGAGCACCGUGCUGCCUGUCUUUGAAAGAGGCUUCCAGUCCAUGUUUCAGCAAAUCAACGAAAGCUUCAAGCAGGGAACACAAGAAUACAUCCAGCAGCUGGAGACUCACUUGAAAAGCAGAAAGCAAAGGGAGCAGGACUCACGGGACCCUGUGAUCGGCCAGCUCCAGCAGAUGAUCGACACCUUCCAGAACUCCACCGAUCAGCUGGCCGGCAACAUAUCGGCCGCCGUCCGGACCGAGGUCCAGCACCAGAUGCAGAUGGUGGUGGGAAACCUGCAGGAUACUAUUCUCAGCCAAGUGCAGCGAAUCGUCAAAGGGGAGGUGAACCUGGCCAUGAAAGAGCAGCAGGCAGUCGUCACCUCUAGCAUCAUGCAGGCGAUGAGGUCAGCAGCGGGAACGCCCGUCCCCACUGCGCACCUGGACUACCAGACGCAGCAGGCAAACAUCCUGCAGUUCCUCCAGCAGGGCCAGCUCAAUCAGGCCUUUCAGCAGGCUCUGUCAGCGACUGAUCUGAAUCUGGUUCUGUACGUGUGUGAGACCAUCGACUCGCAGCAGGUGUUUGGGCAGACGCCCUGCCCUCUGAGCCAGCCUGUGCUGCUCUCACUCAUCCAGCAGCUUUCCUCCAACCUCACCACCCGCUCUGAGCUCAAAAUCAGCUACCUGGAAGACGCAGUGAUGAACUUGGACCACAGAGACCCCCUGACCAAAGACCACAUGUCCUCUGUGCUGUCCCAGGUCCGACCAAAGCUCAUGGCCUUCCUGCAGCAGGACCCUCACGGCCCGCUCAGCAAGAGGGCGCGGCGCCUGCUGAUGAUGCUGCAGGGACUCGUCAACCACUAGUCCUGGAGCAGGAGUCUCUUUGACCCCUCCCCCCUCUCAUCAUCUCUCAUUUUGGUUUUGUUUUUUAAAGGCAGAAGCUUCAGGAAACGCAUUGUUCUGCUUCUGAGACAGAACCCCAUCUCUGUCUCCUCAGUGCCGCAUCACUUCCUGGUCUUUAGGUUACUGUAAUUUCAUUUUUUUUCCUUUAUGUGGGAGGAUAAUGAUGACAGAAGGAUUGUCUAACCUCACUGUUGACCUUCUGGUCUUCUCUGACACUUGGAGCCGUCUGCUGACCCGAGGAAUGCUCGAUUUCCCUCCAUUCGUUGGAACCGUCACCUUCAACCAGGGAUGCAGACAGAGCGUGGUCAAACGUGCAGCCUGAAGAAAAGACGUCUGGCCUGAAAAUGUAGCCUUAAUAGCAAACAGCUGGCCUUUUUUUGUGUGUGGUUUUUCUGACGGGGAAUUCAUCGGCUCAUUCUGCUUUCAGUUCAAGCCGAUCAGGGCAACCAGAAGUAUGUGCGAUCCCAGCGGCAUUUUGUGUCUCCUCUUGGUUAUUUCUUAAUGGGCUGGAGGUGACAUUCAUGCCCCGCCGAGUCUUUGACAAGAGAAUCUGAUGAUAUUCAUUAAGAUAAUUUCAUUUUUUCAGGAUUUGUUCCAUAUAAAGGCUUGGAGGGGGAGCAGAAUAGGUCCCAGGUGAUAAAUGAACGCAGAGGUAUCAGUUUUGAUGUGAUAAAGCAUUUUUUGUUUAAAAUCAGACAUUUUCAGAGUUGAGCAACACAAAAGUUUGCCGUCCAAAACUUGUUUUGUUCGAUAUGUUAGCCUCUUUUUAUGAAGAGCAUUUAGUAUUUGUAAGCCAUGUAUACUUGCUUUAGCUCAAUAUAUAAAAAAAAAUAAAUAAAUGCUGAUGUUAUUUUAUCAGGAUGUUUGUGACCUGAAUGUGCAGUUACUCCUCUUUAGGCUCUAGGAGGCAGCACUCUCUCGGAUUCUGUUUUUCCAUGUUUAGGAUUUUAAAAAGUCGCUUCUUCUUUACUAAACCAAGAUUUUUCCCGCGGUUAGGUUGCGAACGCCUACUUUGUUGAAAUGUUGGCGCUCAUUCACUCGACCAUUAAACUUACAGGGUAGAUUUACGUUGUUGCUGAUUGUUAAACAAAAUAAUCUCUGGUUGUUAAGAAUCUGUUAGACUCGUCUAUAAAGUGCCUUACUUUAUUUUAUCAGUUCCUGACAUGUAAGGUUAAGCGGUCACAGCAGCUGUGUUUUGGUUUCAGACUACGGACCCACACAGGAGAAUCUUUAUGUUUGGUUGGGAUCCAGAUAGGAGCGCUCAUUUCAGGCCUGGAGGAAGAUGGAAGCUGUUUAUUUUCUUGACUACUAGCUGCUGUACAGAUGCUAAGGUUUCCUCCUCUCUCUUCAUUGUUUGUUUCAUUUGACCCACAUGGUUCUGUUUGUGCUGUUUAUAGUUUGUUUUACCCCUUAAACAUUUUGGAAUAAAGGAAAAUUUAAAAA